AUGUUGGAGUUUUUCUAUAUUGGAAUGGUUUCUGAUGAUAGAAUGAAAGAUCACGUUGAUGGUAUUUUUGUUAUUGCCCAUAAAUAUGAAGUAGAAAUGUUGAAAUAUUUGUGUGAACGUUUUAUGUCUAGCAAUAUUAAUAAUGAAAACAUUGUUAAAUAUUGUGGGAUUAUUGACUUAUAUGGUGCUCCAACUUUGGAGAAGACAUGUAUAAAUUAUAUUCAAGCAAAUAAAAGGAACUUUUUAAAGAGUAACGAAUGGGAAGAAAUUAAAAAUAAUUAUUUAAGUUUGGUUCCUCGAUUGUUGGAAUCUAUUAUUUUGAAGGAUUAG